AUGCGGUCUGCAGCGAGGCUGCUCUAUGCAGCAGUGUUUGCGCUUGCUAGCUUGAGCCAUGCCGCCGUUCAUAAUCCUGCAUUGGACCCAACUAAGUGUGCUAUCGAACCUUCGGCCAUGGUAUCCGAUGCGUGUGUCACAUACGGCGAGAUCAACGGCAUGAAUGACCUGAUUUUCACGACGCUCAACUCCCUCACACAAGAAACGGACUUUUUCUCCUACUAUCGCCUCAACCUGUUCAAUAGACAAUGUCCCUUCUGGAACGACGCCAAUAGCAUGUGUGGCAACAUUGCCUGUGCCGUGAACACUAUCGACUCAGAGGAGGAUAUUCCGCUGACGUGGCGCGCGGAAGAACUCAGCAAACUAGAGGGCCCGAAGGCGAACCACCCACCUCGCAAUAUUCAAGCCGAGCGGCCGAAAGAACGCCCGCUACAGGGAGAGCUGGGUGAAGAUGUCGGCGAGAGCUGUGUGGUGGAAUAUGAUGACGAAUGUGAGGAACGAGACUACUGUGUCCCCGAGGACGAGGGUUCCGCCGGGAAAGGAGACUAUGUGAGCUUGGUGGAUAAUCCGGAGCGGUUCACGGGAUACUCUGGAGAAGGUGCAAACCAAGUGUGGGAUGCCAUCUACCGCGAAAACUGCUUCUUGAAGCCCGUGGCUGAGGAGCUGGAGGAGCAGUCGGUCAACGUUCCAAUAGGCGGCCUCCAGGCAGCCUCUGACUUCCGCGACGUUCUCCAAAAGGAAUCGCAGCGGGUAGAAAGCCUGUCGCUUGAUAACGAGUGCUUGGAGAAGCGAGUCUUCCACCGGCUGCUGAGCGGCAUGCACGCUUCUAUCUCGACCCAUCUGUGCUGGGACUACCUCAACCAAACCACCGGCCUGUGGCACCCCAACGUGCAAUGCUUCAAGGAUCGACUCCUUGACCACCCGGAGCGCAUCUCAAACAUGUACUUCAACUACGCACUAGUCUCGCGCGCCGUGGCCAAACUCCGUAAGCACCUGGACGGGUACACAUACUGCGCCAGCGACCCAGUGCAAGACCGUGAGACCAAAAAGCGCGUCAACAAGCUAACAGCGACCUUGACGGAGCUUCCUCAAAUCUUCGACGAGAAGAUCAUGUUCCAGGACGCCAACGCCAUCGGCCUGAAAGAAGACUUCCGCAACCGCUUCCGCAACGUCAGUCGCCUUAUGGACUGCGUCGGCUGCGACAAGUGCCGCCUCUGGGGCAAGCUCCAGGUAAACGGGUACGGAACCGCGCUCAAGGUGUUGUUCGAGUACGACGAAACCAAGAACGGCGAGAACCCGCCCCUGCGCCGCACCGAGCUGGUCGCUCUCAUCAACACACUCGGCCGCAUCUCGCACAGUAUCGCUGCUUCGCGCAGUAUGCAGCGCGCUCUGCUGACCGGCACCACCCACAUGUUCCCCGUCCACGGCGCCGUACCCUCCUCUCACCACGCCAACGCCCUCGGCGACAACAGACGCGUGUUCAGCGACGGCAAUAACAACUUCUAUUUCGAAGGUGAAGAUAACGAAGAUGAUUAUGUCUACGGCCGAGGCGCCGCGCCAGAACGGUACCCCUGGGAGCGCAAACCGCCUGGCCCAGACGAUGGCUGGGUCGAGGAUUUCAUGUCCGAGUGGAAUAUGAUCUGGGGUACGGUUGGGUAUAUCUGGCAGUCUUGGUUGGACAUCCCAUUUACAAUUUACCAAAUCGGCACGUCGGAGUUCAUCCGACUGUACAAUUAUUGGCUCGGAUUGCCGGUGCCUCCUCGCAUGUGGAAGCUGAAGACGCCGCAGCCGCGUGCACAUACUCAACCUGCUGCCUAUGCUAAUCGUGACGAGUUAUGA